AUGUCCACCGCUCAAAAGAGGAAAACCAAAGAGUCUGAGCUCAUGACAAGCCUGUCGACAAACGACGCUGGCGUUCUUGCGCGCGCAUAUUUGCAAGCAGCAAUGAAAGAGUACGAGAGCCUUUUGGGGGGCACUCUGCAAGACUGCAAGCGAUCAUACCGCGCCUUCGCCGAGCAGAUCAGCACAAUUGCAGGCCGGCAUGGGAUCGAAAUCGGUUCAACCGGCCCUCUCGACAACGCACCCAAGGCAAAGAAUUAUGUCGACAGCAUGCUGAAGCAGCCCUACACGGAAAACAUCAAGAACCUGCUCCAGCAAGUCCGCAGUGUGCUGGAUGAGAAAAAGACGCCGACGCCACAGGUGCCCUUGAAGGUUGCGGAAGGGUUCCUUCUGGAGCUUGACAAUGUGACACGCAAAGGGCUGUCCGAAGAGCAACGGCAGUUUCGACAAGAUUUGGAGUCAAGCGUAACCCCCAGCAGCGCUGCCAAGGAGAAGGAGAAGGACAAGGAUUCGGCCCACAGAACAGUCUAUGCGCAGCCGUUCUCUGCCGAGCUCUUCUGCCCCGACUGGCACCUGCACUACGAGGGGUUUCAAUUGGCAGUCGACGAGGGGUUUCAAUUGGCAGUCGACGAGGGCACAAACACGGACUUUGACUUUCACGUUCCGAAGCGAGAGACGCGGUUCAAUGACAGGAUGAACGUGCCCCUGAUCAAGGCGUGUGCUGGCGCAGCAGUGUACGUCAAGAGCCACGCGUCCUUUGAGGCCGACACCGCUGUUGUCGCCGACUAUGUUGUGCAAAUGGCCUCAAAUCUUGACUUCUAUCCGCUGUUGCUUGAGCUCAAGAUCGAUGACAGCAAGCAGACGCAGGAUGCUGCCAAGGCGCAGGUGCUGGAGUACGCAUCACGGGCCAUCAAGUCUGCGGGACCGAAGUGGCGUAAGUUGAAGGGGUAUUUGUUUCCCUUUGCCAUCACCGUCUGCGGGCAGAAGGUGUCCGUGUACGCGUGCACGCUGGGCGAUGAGGUGCACGGCGACGAGGCCUUUCCCAGUAUCCUCCACACAAAACUUGGCGACACCGACUUGAACCGGCUCGGGCAUGUCAUUAAGUGGCUGCUUGACGAAGAGCACAUGGCGCAUUACGAGAAUAUUGCCGCCAUUGCCCAGGGCCGUCUCACCGUCAUUGAUGAGAACCCCGCCGGUCCCACACCACCAGCAGCAGCAGACAACGGCAAGGAGGAGCAGCGUCAGCGUGCAGACGCCGAAGCAGCACGGGCGAAGUCUGCCAAAGUUGCCACGAGAUACGAGAUGUGCGUCUACAAAGGCGGCAAGGAGACUGUGUCGGUUGCAUUGGUGAACAACGAGGUGUUGAAAGUGUGCGGCGGCCACCGCAUUGGCGCUCCUGAAGAUGAGAAGGCUGCCAGCGAUGAGGAGACUGCCAGGGAUGAGGAGGCUACCAGCGAUGAGGAGGCUGCCAGCGAUGAGGAGGCUGCCAGCGAUGAGGAGGCUGCCAGCGAUGCGGAGGCUGCCAGCGAUGCGGAGGCUGCCAGCGAUGCGGAGGCUGCCAGCGAUGAGGAGGCUGCCAGCGAUGAGGAGGCUGCCUGGGAAGAGGAGGCUGCCAGGGAAGUGAAGGGCUGGCAACUGCUCUAUCCACACAAGAAGGUGAAAGUGUACGAACGGUCACGCCCCGUCUUUGCCUGUCCCAAUUUGUCACAGAAAAGGAGCAAGCGCAAGAGCAAUUGCAAGAACAAGCGCAAGGGCACCAAGAGCAAGCGCAUCAAGAGCAAGCGCACGGACAUCAAGGGCACAGGCAUCAAGGGCACGGGCAUCAAGGGCACGGGCAUCGACGACGGGCAGGCGCUUGAGGCUGCGGCUGAGCACCUCCUCCGCUUGUCGAAAAGGGAUCUAUGCCACUGCGACAUCCGAUCUCACAACAUCCUGCGCAACGGCUGCAUCGUCGACUUUGGUUUCCUCAGUGGCCCUGUCAGUGACCCUGAAAAGAAGAAGAAGAAGAAGAAGAAGAAGCUUCCUCCUUCCUAUUACACAGCGCUGCGGGAGCGCCCUCGCAAGUGGCUGCUUGGAAAGGCAACGGACUAUUAUCCAGAAGUUGUUCUGGAUUGGGAAUCGCUGCUGUUUUCGUACGUGUUCUGGUAUGAUUCUGUUGCCAACGCCAUGUUCCGGCUGUUUCAGGGCAAGGUGAUCCUGCUGGAGUGGCUUGACGCCAAGCUGGACAAGCUGGACAAGGACGACAAGAAGAAGGAGACAGCAGCGCUGCAGGACAAGAGCGACGACGACAAGAAGAAGGAGACAGCAGCGCUGCAGGACAAGAGCGACGACGACAAGAAGAAGGAGACAGCAGCGCUGCAGGACAAGAGCGACGACGACAAGAAGAAGGAGACAGCAGCACUGCUGCGCAACAUUAUGCAGCACAUUGCUUGCGCGUACUUCUAAAUGGAGUGCGCUGCGUGUGGUUGUGUGUGUGUGUGUGCUGUGUGUGUGGGUGUGUGUGGGUGUGUGGGUGUGUGGGUGUGUGUGGGUGUGGGUGGGUGUGUGUGUGCUGUGUGU